UGCAGAACCUUCUUUAGGAACCUUUCAUCUCUACCUCCAUCUAGAAACAGCUCAGAAAACAUCAGGGUUUAGUUUAGUUUCUUAGAGUCUGGUCUAGUAGCCGCUCUCUGAGUCUUUGGGAGCACAGGGCCAGGUUUCCAGAUGUGUUAGCUAGCUAGCAUUCCAUCGUCUCAGUGCAGUAUGUUCCGUGUUUGUUGUUGUCUGAACAUGUGUUAGGAGGUGAUUUUACUUUUAGUUUUUACUCUGACGUCAACAUGUCUUUUAUCUACUUUGUGUUUGUGUCUCGGUUGUAAAGUUUCGCUCCCUCUCUGAUCCGACCCGGGUUCAGCGCUAACUUCUUGUCGGUGACAAACUCGACUUUGAGGCUGAUCCGGAGUCGGCGUCGUGUCUUUAUCUGGUGUUUUCUUCGUCGAGUUCUUGCAGCGAGUGGGUGCAACUGCAACGUCUGUUCCGCUCUGUGGCUUAAACAGUCACUUCCUCUGAGAGAGGGAGGGAGGAAAGAGGUAACGAAGAGACAGAGACAGAGAGAGAGAGACUGAAAGAGUGGGAGCCAGGAAGAAGGAAGCCAUUUUGGGUCCUCGGUGACAUGUCCGCCUGCAUUUUGCUUCCUGGCGUCUGGAUGCUUCGCUCAGUGAGGUAGAGACGGGAAGGAGCUGGUGGAGCAACGAGGCCGACACUGCGACGAGAAACAAAACAAGGCGAGCGGCCGUCCUUCAGAUGCUCGUGUGGUCAGAGUGAAGCCAGAGUCCAGAGUCCGGCCUUCAGCCUCAGCACCGUGUCUCCGGGUCCCGGAGACCAGACACCAUGAGUUCAGACCGAAUGCCGUCCAAGUCGGAGGUGAUGGGGUGGAGCCCACAGCAGCUGGCAGACUUUCUGAGGAGGAUGAAUCUCUCCGGCUGCGAUAAAGUCGUGUUGAAGAACUCCAUCAGCGGCUCCAGAUUCGUGAAUCUGAGUGACAAUGACCUCCAGAAGUUCCCCAAACUUCAUGCUCCGAUGAUCUCCAAGAUCAGCAAUGAAAUCAGCAAGAAGGAAGGAAAGAGUUUGUUCCAGUUCGGUAAAAAACAGACCCCGUACUACGCUCCAGACACAGGCGCUGACGUUCAGGGCUGGGGAGAAGACGAGUUUGACGAGUUCGAUGAAGACUAUGAGAGUCCGUACAGCGGAGAAGAUGACGGCGGCAGCGACGACUACGAGUCUCCAAACGAUGAUGACGGUGACUAUGAGCCUCCACCCACCGAACCCCCAGACGACCUCCCCCACAAGCUGUGUCCCAGCAAGUCCAUCGGUGACGGGGAGUACAUCGAUAACAGGGAUAACCAUGUGUCGUCUAUGGCUCCGCCCCCUGUCCUGUGCCCCCGCCCCCCUGUUGCUGCUCCGUCCACUCUGUCCCUGCCCAGAGAUCCGGCCUCUCGGAGAGACCCCUCCCCUCACUCCGCUGGACGACCAUCAGCAAAAUUUCCUUCGGCCCCGCCAGCCAUCUCUCGUACAACCAAACCAGGACGAGACCCCAACGCCCCCAUGAGAGGUCCUCGCCGUGACCCAGGGGAGUCUGGAGGUCAGCCCUGGAGGUCCCAGCAGGACUUCCCACCGCCCCCCAACAUGCCCAAACCUCCGACUCUUCCUCCACCCGGCACCUCCGUCACCAGAAGCAACUCGUCGGCCAGGCAGCUCCCCAGGAAUGAUACGUGGCCAGAGCAAGCGCACGAUGAUGCUCCUAAACACAACACCUUCCCCCUCCAUAAUAAAAGCCUGCCCCCCCGCCCUGGACUGCCUGGCCCCCCCUCACGCCACGGCGACAGUCUUCCCUCCAGUGCCUCUCUGCCUCAUAAAAUGUCCUCUGCGAUGAUGGACGACAAAAGAAGCGACAGACAGUCAUUUCGUCCUCCUCCACCGACAACAGGAUACGCACAGGAGCUGGAUCCUCGCUGGUACGUGGGUAAAGUGACUCGGGGUCAGGCUGAAGGAUGUCUGAAACGAGUCUGCAAGGACGGGGCGUAUCUGGUGAGGGACAGCACCCGGCAGCUCGCCAACCAGCCCUUCACCCUGAUGGUCCUCUACCAGGACAAGGUCUUCAACAUCCAGAUCAGGCAGCAGAACCAGCAGUUCCAGCUGGGAACCGGACUCAAGGCCCAGGAGUCGUUCCCUUCAGUCACCGACAUCAUCUGCCAUUACUCCCAUUCUCCUCUGCUCCUCAUCGAUGCAAAGAACCGAGGUUCUGGCCAACAGAACCAGUGUCUCCUGUCUGACCCGGCUGGAUAUUACAUGAGUGGAUAGAACUGACCGGGACCAGAUGGAUCCUGAUCCAAGAUCCAACCCGGAUCUAAAGUAAAGCAGAGCGGGUCCAGAUGAAUGUCGACCUCAGACCUGGAAGGUUUUUCACAGUAGAUAAAAAGUUAUCAGGGUUUUUGCACAUGUUGCUUUACUUCCUUGUUUUGUCGUGUAACAUGUGUAUCGUGUGUUGUGUAUCGUGUGUUGUGUGUUGUGUAACGUGUGUUGUGUAUCGUGUGUUGUGUGUCGUGUGUUGUGUAUCGUGUGUUGUGUGUUGUGUAUCGUGUGUUGUGUGUUGUGUAUCGUGUGUUGUGUGUUGUGUAACGUGUGUUGUGUGUUGUGUAACGUGUGUUGUGUAUCGUGUGUUGUGUGUUGUGUGUUGUGUAUCGUCCUCUCACAGUCUUUAAAACCUCUUUUGCUCUGAAAUGCUUUUACAUUCUUUUUUCUGGGUGAAAUUUAUUCCAUGUUCAAACUAUGCUAAGAUGUUUCUGGCUGAAACUAUGGACCUGAGCUAAACCGUGUUUAUCAGGAUUUUAUUUCCGUCACAAACCUUUUCAUUGACUCUUUUUUUCAUUCACUGUCAACGCGUCUCAAUGUUUGUGACUCAAUAAAACUUCAUGAAACAUC